CCCUCUUUGUUUCAAUCCCAAGCUCUUUUUAUUUUUAACUUUUUUUUUGGCUAAAAACCAAUGAAUUGAAAAGUGUUUCAGGCUUUCCUCUUUGAACUUUAGUUUCAGUUCUUCAACCCAUGAAAACACCGACAAAAUCUCCCUAGCUGAAAAGGGGGAAAAGAAAACCCUUCAUUCUUUCGAAUUACCACGCAGAAAAGAAGAGAAAAAAGACCCGGAAAUUUGAAGCCAUGAAACAGUUGCACAAGCAAUCAAGCGUGAACCAUAGGCGAGAUGAGGAGAUGUUAAUACCUCAAACACCUCCUUAUUCACCCAAACCUUUGAAACACCCUAGAUCCCUCCCCAGAUCCAUUAACUAUCUCUUAAAGGAGCAACGGCUUUUGUUCAUCUUUAUCGGCAUUUUAAUCGGCUCCACUUUCUUCAUCCUCCAGCCAACUCUCUCUCGUUUAGGCCCAUCCGAGAACCACCCCAGAUCUUUCUCCAAAGACGACGUCGUAACCCACACCCGGGACUUCUCCUUUUCCACCAGGCCGAUUCAUGGAAAGGUGGGUCGGGUCCCCGUCGGGAUCAGCCGACGGAGGAUGAGGAUCGUAGUCACCGGUGGGGCUGGCUUCGUUGGGAGCCAUCUCGUUGAUAAGCUAAUUGGAAGGGGCGAUGAAGUGAUUGUUAUCGAUAAUUUCUUCACUGGGAGGAAAGAAAACGUUGUUCAUCUUUUCGGAAACCCCACGUUCGAACUCAUCCGACACGACGUCGUGGAACCGAUUCUCUUGGAAGUGGAUCAGAUCUAUCAUUUAGCUUGCCCUGCUUCUCCGGUUCACUAUAAAUAUAAUCCGGUCAAGACCAUCAAGACAAAUGUGAUGGGUACCCUUAAUAUGUUGGGGCUUGCAAAGAGAGUUGGGGCAAGGUUCUUGCUUACAAGCACAAGUGAGGUUUAUGGUGAUCCCCUUCAGCAUCCUCAGAAAGAAACCUAUUGGGGAAAUGUGAAUCCAAUUGGGGAGAGGAGUUGCUACGAUGAAGGAAAAAGGACUGCUGAAACCUUAACCAUGGAUUAUCAUCGAGGUGCUGGUGUUGAGGUGCGAAUUGCUCGUAUUUUCAACACUUAUGGUCCCCGCAUGUGCUUGGAUGAUGGACGUGUUGUGAGCAAUUUCGUUGCUCAGGCCAUUCGUAAGCAGCCAAUGACUGUUUAUGGUGAUGGGAAACAAACACGUAGCUUCCAAUAUGUUUCUGAUUUGGUGGAUGGACUUGUUGCUUUAAUGGAAGGUGAGCACAUAGGGCCUUUUAAUCUAGGCAACCCGGGAGAGUUCACUAUGCUUGAAUUGGCCGAGGUUGUCAAAGACACAAUUGAUCCAAGUGCAACAAUAGAAUAUAAACCAAAUACAGCAGAUGACCCACACAUGAGGAAACCGGAUAUCAGCAAAGCAAAGGAGCUGCUGAACUGGGAGCCGAAAGUCCCUCUGAGAGAGGGGUUGCCCCUUAUGGUGAAUGAUUUCCGGAAUCGCAUUUUGAAUGAAGAUGAAGGAAAAGGAGCUUAAAUGAAAAACGAGACAAGUAUGUAUAGUGUGAACGACAGCUGUAUUUUGCCAAUUCAUUUCAUUAUUAUUGUUGUUAUCGUUAUCAGCCUACCUGCAAAAAUAAUCAGUUUCAGCCCCUCUAUAGGAAUAUUUGUUGUUAUUUUGUUUU